ACGGUUGGUUAUAUAUACACGGCCUCCAUCCCGCUCAGACUUGUCGAUUCCCAUCAUCAUCAUCAUCAUCAUCACUCCAGUCUCACAUUCACAAGCAUCAACCACAACUGCAAGCAACAUAAACCACACUCACACACAACUCAACCCACAAUCACACAAACUCUCUCACAACUCCUCAUAACCUAAACAAACACCCGCCACCAUGCACUUCAACCGCGUCGCCCUCUCCCUCGCCGCCGCCGCCUUCGUGCAGGCCGACCUCCAGCUCGACAACGACGACAUCCCGACGCAGUGCAACGCCGUGUGCCGCCCCAUCUUCAACCUCGGCCAGGCCUGCGAGGUCAACGACGACCUGAUCAACAACGACCUCACCGAGGACCGCCUCGAGGCCCAGUGCGUCUGCACCAACAACAGCAUCGACGUCGCCCAGUACGCCGCCCUGUGCGCCAGCUGCAUGGACCAGAACGUCCAGGACCGCGACGACCUCGAUGACAUCAACGACAUCCUGAGGACCUGCGGCUUCGCCAGCACCUCGUACGUCGCCACCGCCUCCUACGCCUCCACCACGCCCUCCGUCUCCGCCGUCCGCCCUACCAACUCGGCCCAGCUGACCACCACCAUCACCCCGGGAUCCGGCGCCGGCUCCGGUGCCUCCCCGACGCAGUCCUCCGGCUCCGGCUCCGGCUCCGGUAACAACAACAACAACGGCGGCGGCAGCAGCGCCACCCCUACCAACGGCAACAACAACCAAGCCACCCAGACCCCCAACGCCGCCGGCGUCGUCUCCCCCCAGGGUCUCGGCCUGCUCGGCGCCGCCGCCGUCGGCGCCCUCUUCUUGUAGAGACGCUGUGCGCGUGUGGCCUUUCUCUGUUUUCUUUGAACAAAUAAUUAUGGGCAUGUGAAUGGAACAUGAGAUAUCAAUUUGGGGGCUUUUUUCUCAUUGGGGUGUUUUCUGCAUCACAGGCGCUAUGGGCAUACAUAUAUACCUUAGCAUUGACAGUCGCUUCAGCUACAUUGGAAUUUCAUCCAGGCUUCACAAUUCAAGCCUUUG